AUUAACCGGAGCCCUGCUCAUGUCUCCGAAGAGCAGUUUCCAGAAGCUGAACAAACUUCCAACAUCUUGGAAGACUUUUCACAUCCACGAGGCUGUGCGUGAAACCUGCUGGAGCUCCAAAACUAAACCGAAGCGGGAGAAAAAGAAAAAAAAACAGUCGACAUCCAGCUAUAGCUUUCCAACAAGAGAAACCCUCCGAAGAGUUUCUCCUGAAGAAGAAAAGAAGUGAAGUUUGACGGCAUUUCAGCGGAGCAACCCUCCUAAAGAUGCCCGGUUUCUGAGCGACACGCCGGCGAGGAAGUUCGUCAACUCUCAGAAGACCACAGACAAAGAAAGAGUCGAGCCAGGUCGUUGCCAUGGACUCAGGGAAGCAAAUAACGUUCCCGUUGCUGUUGAGUGUUGGGGCGGCUGUGAUUGGUUCCCUGCAGUUUGGCUACAACACAGGUGUCAUCAAUGCCCCUCAAAAAAUUAUUGAGAACUUCAUCAAUGGCACGUGGCAUGACCGUUACAACGAGGAGAUCACUAAAAACUCCCUCACAGCUAUCUGGUCCAUCUCUGUCUCUAUUUUCUCUGUGGGUGGCAUCUUUGGUUCCUUCUCUGUCGGACUCUUUGUCAACCGCUUGGGAAGGAGGAACUCUAUGCUCAUGGCCAACAUCCUGGCCUUCAUUGCAGCCAUUCUGAUGGGUUUUUCCAAAAUGGCAAGUUCCUGGGAAAUGCUCAUUAUCGGCCGGUUUGUGAUCGGCCUCUACUCUGGCCUCUCCACAGGCUUUGUGCCCAUGUAUGUGGGUGAGGUUUCCCCAACAUCCCUGCGAGGAGCGCUGGGCACCCUGCAUCAGCUGGGCAUUGUCGUUGGCAUCCUCAUCGCACAGGUGUUUGGAUUGGAGUCCAUCAUGGGCAACAGCAACUUGUGGCCACUCCUUUUGGGCUUCACCUUCGUCCCUGCUGUGAUACAGUGCAUCCUGCUGCCUCUCUGCCCUGAGAGCCCCCGAUUCUUGCUCAUCAACAAGAACGAAGAAAACAAGGCCAAAACUGUGCUGAAGAAGCUCCGGGGAACCACAGACGUGAGUGCUGACAUGCAGGAGAUGAAGGAGGAGAGCCGGCAGAUGAUGAGGGAGAAGAAGGUGACCAUCGUGGAGCUUUUCCGCUCACCGCUCUACCGUCAGCCCCUUCUCAUUGCUGUCGUCCUGCAGCUCUCCCAGCAGCUGUCUGGCAUCAACGCUGUAUUCUACUACUCCACUCGUAUCUUUGAAAAAGCUGGAGUUGAGCAGCCUGUCUAUGCCACGAUUGGAGCCGGUGCAGUUAACACAGCUUUCACUGUGGUGUCGCUGUUUGUUGUAGAACGUGCAGGACGCAGGUCUUUGCACCUCCUGGGGCUGCUGGGAAUGGCUGGAUCUGCCGUCCUCAUGACUAUCGCCUUGGCUCUGCUGGAGCAGCUCAAAUGGAUGUCAUAUUUGAGCAUUGUGGCCAUUUUUGCCUUUGUGGCAUUCUUUGAGAUUGGACCGGGACCCAUCCCCUGGUUCAUCGUGGCAGAGCUGUUCUCACAGGGACCCAGACCUUCAGCCAUCGCUGUAGCUGGCUUUUCCAACUGGACUGCCAACUUCAUAGUGGGGAUGGGCUUCCAGUACAUAGAGGAGCUGUGUGGUGCCUACGUGUUUGUCAUCUUCAUUGUGCUGCUGCUCUUCUUCUUCAUCUUCACCUACUUCAAAGUGCCAGAGACCAAGGGCCGGACGUUUGACGAGAUCGCAGCCGGCUUCCGCCAGACAGCAGUCACAGGGGGAGAAAAGCACUCGCCAGAGGAGCUCAACAGCCUGGGAGCUGAUUCUCAGCUCUGAGUGACUGUUUCUAAACUUCCUAACAAAAACUCUUUCUCAGACCGAGCAAAGGAGAAGGGUCUGCUGACUAGACGUAGACAGAUCCACCGGUAGAGUAAUUUUCACACUGUCACCACAUUUCGGUCAUCAUUACCAAACACAGAACAGACUUGUGUGGUUCUCCAACAUGACGUCUUCUGCCGCUCCUCUCAUGUCACACGAAGAAACAAGAACUUGAUGGGCACUGUGUCGCCUGGCAAACGUGGAGAGGGGAACUGAAGAUAGAUGGGGAAGGUUUUUAAUAUUUUAAAGAUAUUUUUAAAGAAGGAAAAGGAGUGUCUGCAUCAAUCAACCAGCCCUUUUUUAAUACCUUUUUUUCACUAUGUUACUGAUAUGUGCUUAUGCUGUUCUUUGUGGCCUGUUACAAUACAGGGAGUUUGUCAUUAUCUGGUUAAGGAGCGCUGUAGCUGUAAAAAUAUGUUCACUGUUCAAAACACUUUUUUAUUGAUCAUACUGUAAUGCUGUAUUACUGUAGACCUUAACACUGUAGAUGCUGCACAGCUUCACUAUGUCUCUCUCCACCAGGUGGGGCACUACCUUUAAAAAAGAACCUUUUGCUUCACUGAAAGGAAAUAAGUUGUAUAUGUUCCUUUUUAUGAGAAAUACCAACUGUGAUAUGUUGUUUUAAUGGGAUGAGGAUUUGAAUGUCCUUAAUGAAAUUUGUUAGAUUAACUCUCCACAAUAUAUAUACACAUAUGUUAAUUAUUUUAUCCUUUUCUUAUUAUUUUUGUUUGAAAAGACAUGCUGAAUACCGAAAAUAUCUUUUUUUCCAUAACAUUGUUGGACAUAAAGACGAAAAUAUAUCCAGAUGACAAAUAGAGAAAUUCAUUUUCCAUUCCUGUAUUUUGACAUCAUUCCUUUUUAGCAGUACAAUUGAAGUUGAAGCGGAGAACUGUAUCUGCAUAGAUCAGUACCAGAGCGCUGAACUCAGCAGUGAAGUUAAAUAAAUAAAUCAUCUAUCCAUUUUACCAUGGCAUGAGAUAAGGACACACUCACAAUUCACAAUCAGCAGCCACAAAACCAAAAGUCAGUCUCACAAAAAAAACCCAAAAAACAGAAAAUUUACGAGUUUAAGUGCCGUCUAAAACAAUCCGCCUCCUCAGCCUUUCAGCCUUAUCACUUUGGAACAGUUUCAGGUCAGAACGGCCUGAUCCAGACUGAAAGCAUCUGUCACUGGAGGAUCUUCACUUCUCUGAGUUUUUCUCAGCUGAGAUUACCUUUGGAGCUUCCAGACUCAGGUGAAUUGGGUUGUCCGAGUCUUAUCACGCAAUCAGGAGCAGAGUGCUGCUGUUUCUGCGUGACGAAUACGAAGCAUCUUCAGAAAAGUGAAAGAAGAAGAAAAAAAAAAUAACGUGGACCAAAAUGAAUGUCAGCCUUUAGGAAUGUUUUUCAUUGUCCUGGAAGUGCUUCACACCCAUCUGGGGUCAAACACAAGUCCUUGCACUGCAUAUGUGUCUGAGGAGGUGAACACUUGUUUCUGUGGUGCACGGCUUGUUUUUUUCCUUGAGUACUGAAUUCUGCAGUAUUGUGUCUCUCUUUCUUUUGGUCGUGAACAAUCCUCUAAACAGUAGCUGGUGAAAAGAACCUGUCACCGCCCCCAGCUGUGCGAAUUGCCAUCAAUCACUGCUGUAUCACUUGUUGAACCUGUCUUCUCUUUAAUAUUUGACGAACAUUAUCUCUUUAGCAGCACUCUAUUAUUCAGAGCGAUAUAUUUUUAAACAAACACUGAGGUUGAUCCAGUCAUUUAUUAUUUCGUUUUUGCUCACAGUGUGGAAACUUUGUUACUAAAGAGAGACUGAAGUACUGCUGAUGAAUUACUUGAUGUUUUUGAAAUGGAAUUGUGUGAAUUAGUUUAUAUCUAUUGCGGCAAGACACAGAUGUUUUGCAUACAUGCUCCGGAGAACUGAGUUAAUAUGGUGUUAUUCAUAGUCAGAUGAGGACGUUGAUCCUCAUCCAACCCAGCAAUCAAAAACCUUUUAGUCAUUCCAUAAUUAGGUGUCAGUUAUUGUAUAUAAUAGAUAUUUCUAGUACAUCAUUUGUCAUUUGAUGGGUGACCUUGCCCGUCCUGGAAAGCACUGUAACGUCCACUCUCUGUGCCUUUCUCAUAUCUUCACCAGCAAAAUCAUACAGUGGCACCAAAAGAUGCACUUCCCCCUCUUUACUGAUGUCUAUAGCAAAUAUCAAGACUAUUUUAUACACAUAGAUUCACAAAUCUGCUUGGGCAUUGAACUUUAAUGGAGCCUGUGGGUCGGGUUUGCAGUCUAAAUAAUUGUAUGAUGUAAAUGUGUAACGCCCUUCAGCGUCACUCACUCCAAAUUUAUAUCAUGUUUAACUUUUUGCAUUUUUUUUAAAUAGAUAAAUUAUCAGUACUGUAGUGCUCUACAUCUACAUGCCUUUAGAUUCCUCACUGCUUUCUCUAGCCUUCUGAUCUGAUACCUGAAGAUGUUGUUGAGGCCUAAUAAUACUAUUAUAACUUUAUUUCGGAUUUGACAUGUAAGGAUUGCGUUCAGUAGUGUUUUCAUUUUAGUGCACAGAGCCUAUUCUAAUAUUUGUAAUAAUAAAAACGUGUGUGUAUGGUGUUGGAAUGUUCCUCUGUUGAGGAAUUUUAAAUGGAUUUGUGAUGGAUGGUGCCGUAAAUGAUGAAUGGCUGAAUAAAAGAGAUCAUGCAUACAGA